UCCUAUAUAAAAACCCUACAUCUCCCGCCUUCGACCACCACACAUUCUCAGCUAACAUUCCCUUGGAGGACUGGAUAUCCUUGAGAUAAAGAGAGUAACCAAAAUGUCUGAUCACGGCCAUCACGGCGGCGGCGGGCACGGCCCUGGCGGUGGAGGUGGACAUGGCCCUGGCGGAGGCCAUGGAGGCCCGGGUGGUGGUCAUGGCGGAGGCCACGGAGGUCCAGGGGGCGGACAGGGACAUGACCAUGGCGGCGGCCACGGCGGUCACGGCCCUGGUGGAGGCCAUGGAGGCCCGGGUGGAGGCCACGGAGGCCCGGGUGGUGGUCCUGGUGGAGGCCACGGUGGUCCUGGUGGAGGCCCUGGUGGUCCGGGUGGCGGGCACGGACAUGACCAUGGAGGAGGCCAUGGCGGAAAGCCAGGAGGAGAUCACGGCCACGGCGGACCAGGUGGGCAUGGCCCUGGCGGACAUGGCCCUGGCGGCCAUGGUCCCGGAGGCGGCCACCACCACGGCUGAUGCUAGUUCGCCACCGCUUGGCAGUUGUUGUGGACUAGUGUCCCAUGGUUAAGAUGUGAUGUAAAGUAUCUCCGGUGCCUUUUAACUAUCUCUUAUUUGAGGAAUAAAUGGACAAAAAUCUAAUAAGCACCAUUUGGAGUCAGUCAUGUAGUUGAGCUUGCAAGUAUCCUAAUGAAUUUCAAGUUCCUAAUUU